UAUCCGAAAAAUUAAUUUGAACCAUCUGUAUUUUUAUUCAAGCCGCCAUUACAGAAAACGGACAGAUUACCAAAUUUUUACGCGUUAAUUCGCCAUUUAAGUGCAGCGUAGUAACCCAAAGACUGAAUUUGAUGAAGAAUAAAUCAAAUGGCUCUGGACACAUUUAUAUGUGGAUCAUGUCAGCUGACCUUCAAUGAUAUAGAGCAGUUUGUCAUCCACAAGAAAGAUUGUAAUGUCAACCUAUUACUCCCAGCAGAUCAGCAAGAAGCACAAGAUGAUGAGAAUGUUGAUAAUAAAGAUUUUGAACAUUUAGUGGUGUCCACGGAAGAUUCUAAUGCAGAUAAUGAAGUAGUGUCAUUUCCUGAGGGUAGCCGGGUGAUCUCGACUGAAGUGCUGGACUCUGUAACCGGUGAACAGCAAACUGUCAUCAUUAUCCAUCCUGCACCAGGAUCUGAAGUUCCGAGAUCAGCCCAAGAAACCACUCUUAGCAGUCAAGCUCCAGCUUCACCGAAAAAGCGAGGUCGACCUAGAAAAGAAAAAUUAGAUGGCACAGUCACACCAACUAAAGUACAGAGAGUGGAGAAACCAUCAACACCUGAUAUAGGACCUGAUGGAAAACUGUAUUGCAAAGCUUGUAAAAAGUCAUUCCACAAGGAAAGGUUUUUCAAGACACACAAAUGCAUGCCAACAACUGAUUAUGUGGACAUCACAAGAAAAAACACAUUCCUUGCAGAAUAUGGUGAGAACGUGGAUGGAUCAGAAGAUGAAGAGUUUGACAAUGAUGAAGACAAAGACUUUAAAGUCAGUGAUUACAGAUUGAGAGAAGUAGAGGAGGAGGAAGAUAAUGAAAUAGAAGAGGAUGAUGGAGGAGAGGACAGGAUACCAAAGAAAAAGCGAAAAAUUUAUAAAAUGCGGACAAAAGCUGAUAGCGAUAACAGCAAAGAUGCACAAGAAACAGAUCAUAUUGCACAGUUAGGUGCACCAAUUUUUCGGACUGAAAGUGAAAAGAUGGCAUUUGACCAGAGCUUGAAUGUAGAUCUUAGUUUUGUCGAUAAUAUGUUUCGGCAGCAUAUGAUUGAGCAGGAUUUGAAUGAGAAAGCUCCCGUACUAUCUCGUAUGGCAACCAAUUCACUGAAUCUGUACUCUUGUAAUACUUGUGAUAAGAUUUUUAAGACUCUGUCGCACAUGAGAUUGCACUGCCUGAUCCACACUGAUGCCAAACCUUUCAAGUGUCCAAAGUGUUCAUAUGCCACCAAUGGAAAAGGUAACUUGUACACACACAUGAGGAAGCACACAGGACAGUUUUUCCGAUGUAAAUUUUGUGACUUCAAGUCUGUGAACAAAAGUCAUGUGUUGGAACAUGAGGCUGUGCAUAGCAAUGAGCGACAUCAGUGUGAUCUGUGCAAGAAGGACUACAACACCUUAAAGUCUCUCAUCAAUCACAUCAGAAAGUACCACAAAAGCACCCCCAAGGGUGAAGAGUACCUCUCCUCCUUCCUUCAGGGAGGUCGUCAGAGAGGCGCAACAGUCAUUCAUCAAUGCCAUGUAUGUAACAGGAAGUUCAAAAAGAAGAUCGACAGAGACCGUCACUUGUACGUACACGACAUCAAGGACAUUCCCACAAUUCAGAUGUGUUCUCUUUGUGAUUAUACAGCAAGCAGGAGAAUUUAUCUGGAGAAACAUUUUCAGAAGCACAGGGUCAUUUACAAAUGCGUGAAGUGUGAUGACAAAUUCCUGAGCACCAUUCGACUGAUUGAUCACCUCACCACAGUGCAUUUACAGGAUGAUGCUACGUCUAAAUGGGAGAGCAUGUUUGAGGAAUGUGUUAAUAAUAGCUUAUAUCUCCCUGAGCCAGAUGAGAUGCUGAGCUUAGCCGAGAAAGAGCUAGUCAGUCUCCCUGCUGAGUUGUCUCAGACAAGUCUAGAGGGAAAAGCUAAUGUGGAGGUGGAGCACAUACUAGGGGAGACAACUGGAACAAUGGAUGCUGAACAGUCUGCACAGAAAACAGAUCUUCAGUUGAAUGGAACAGAUAAUCAAAAUUUAGAUCAAGCCAUAUCUGUGAUAAUAUCACCCAUCGAAAAUGAGAAUGUGGAUACAGAAGAAAACAAUUCCAUGUACAAAUCCGAACCAGAUGAUCCUUCAGCUCCCAAUCCCGAGCCAUCAUCAGAAGUGGACAAUCCCCCUUCUGGAUCUGAAGAGGCACUUUCUCACUCCCUAGAAGACGAGGAAGUCUUAAUGAAUGAAGGUGAUGAUCCUGUUUUAUCCUCAACGGAGGAACCUGGUUUGCCAACAAUAGAGGAGAAAGUUGACCAUGCAGAUCUCAUUCAAACCUUGGGGUAUCGUCCCCUCAACUUUCAGAUAUUCCGCAAAAUGAGGGAGACAUUUGGGCAUGAAGAAUGUGAAUACUGUGGCAAACUGUAUUACAACAAAAUGGACUACGAUCAGCAUGUGAGAACACAUACAGGAGACAACCCUUACCCCUGCUCUAUCUGUUGUUUCCGUGCUCUGACCAAGGAAAGUCUGCAAUCUCACAAGGCUAGGGAACACGAGAAGAUGUCUUUUCCAUGUAAGGAGUGUUACUUCACAGCUAACAGUCGGUCACAGUUAUGGAAUCACAGCCUUAAACAUGCUGGGUAUGGAGAACAAAUGGGUAUUGAGUGUCCUGAAUGCCAUCUAAAGUUUGCCAGCUGGACCUUGUUUAAAGAACAUGCCAAUGAAAAUCAUGCGAGCAGUGAAAACAAAGAUCUCCUCAAGUUACACAUGUAUACCAACUUUGAGACUUCACCCAAACACAAGGUUCAAGGCAAAAUUGGCCGCAGAAGCUACAAGUGUCCAUACUGUGAUAAAAUGUUCAUUCGAGCAAAUUCAGAGCUCCAAAAACACAUUUGGAUCCACGAGGGAUUGAAGCCAUUUAAGUGUCCGCUCUGUCCUCAUUCCUGUCGGAGCAAGAACAACCUUCAGGCUCAUAUGUUAAGGCAUACCAACGAGAAACCCUACACUUGUACUGAAUGUAAUAAAGCCUACAAAUCAAAAACUGCAUUACGGUGGCAUGUCAGGUCCCACAAGGCAGGAAGACUCUUCAAAUGUGACAAAUGUCCAUAUGAAGCAACACAAAGUGCUCAUUUAAAACGCCACAUGGAAAUUCACAAUGUCAUUAAAAAGUAUGCCUGCCAGUACUGCAGCUACACAGCCAACACCUUGAGCUAUUUAAAGGUCCAUUACACAAAGACUCACAAAGGUCUGUCUUACAACCUUGUGGAUGUCCCAGUGAUAGAGGAAAGUGAUAUCAAUGCAUCGUCUACUGGAUCUCAGGUUUUCCGAUGUUUAAGCUGCGAUUACGUGUUUGGAAACUUGACUGACUUAAAGCGUCAUUUAAAGAUCCGUCAUCAUCUGACUCUGUCAAAGUUUGCUGGACUGGAAGGGGGGCAGUCAACCACUAUAUCUAAGCUCUCAGAACAGGCCAUAGCAUUUCCUGAGGAGAGUGCCACUACUGGUAUGAUUACAGAAAUAGGACAGGACGGCUCCGUUCCAGAAAUUAGUUGUGUUCAAACAAUUGAUGCCGUGGCAACAGAUAUCAAUAAUUCAAAUUUGGAUGAGAAAACAGCAUCAGCUGUCAAUAUCUUACAACAGAUAUUUGGGAUGUCUCAACAGAAUUCUAGUGAACCACAACAGUUCACCAUUCAGUCAGAUUCUGGGGAGGUCGUAACUGUUGACCCAGAAACCAUUAUUGUCCAGGAAGGUGGGGAACAGGUGCUACUGACAGACGGGAACCAGUCGGAAGGAGUGCACCAGCAGUACAUUAUCCAGUAUGUCAACCAUUCACAAAUAGAAAAUUCCAUGGUCGAGAUUCAGACCAUUCAAGAUGUACAACAAUUUCAGUCCAUCGAGCAAAAUAUAAUACAUUCCCUGGGUGAGAAUAUAGUGGAGCAGCAGAUAGAGCAGAGCUGAUAAGAUCCAGAAAUUCCAACCAUUUAACAUCAACAUAUCCGGAGACGAUAAGAUCUACAGGGCAGAGAUUCCAACCAUUUAACAUCAACAUAUCCGGAGACGAUAAGAUCUACAUGGCAGAGAUUCCAACCAUUUAACAACAUAUCCGGAGACUCCUACUUAAUACACCUGUUCCUUGGAAUACAUCUUCUAACGUUUGUGUUUACAUGCAGCUGCCAGAAUCUGUGAAGAACUUGACUCAUUUUUGAAAAUUUCAAAACAAACUACUCAUUUACUUCUUCAUCUACACUGUAUUUAUUCAUCUUUGUUUGCAUACAUGAUUGUAACAUUACUGAUGGCAUAAGAAAGAGUCACUAAAUCUAGAACUCUUGGACAAACUUGAAGAAUGAAACUGGGACAAGUUUUUGAAAAAAAUACUUAAUUAAAUGAACAAACAACAAUUUUAAAGCACACUUCUCUCUGUUCUUUAAGUUUGCUCUAUGAUUAGAACAGGUUUUUUUUGUUUGUUUGGAGAAUUCAAUUACUAAUAUUUGUUUUAUGCAUACUGUACAUGCAUGUAUUAUGAUGCAUGGAAUAUAUAAAACUUUGCAACUAAGGUUCAAGUUUCAUUCUGGUUGAUCUACCUUCAGUGGAGUUUCAGCAGCAGAUAUUGAUAUGAUUUUAAGUGUGUAAUUGUACAUAUUGAUAAAUUUAUUAAGAUGUCAAA